AUCCGAAUCCAAGCAUCGUCGUCGUUGAACCUGCACCAGAUUGGAGACGGUGCCCAAUUCAUACCAUCCGUGUUAGCGACGCCGCUAUCGCCCGGCAGACAGGACCCGCCAAGCAUCCGAUAACGAAUCAACACCAACUGCGCAGUCGUUUGCUCUACGAACAUUUCACCAUGGACCAGAUGAUCGGUGGUGGUGGCGGCGAUGCCGGGCGCUUCCCGCUCGAGACGUGGUUCUGGGAGAUGCCCAUCUGUACAAGGUGGUGGACGACGGCAACCAUGCUCAUGAGUGGCUUGGUCCAGUGCGAGCUUAUAACUCCCUUCCAGCUCUUCUAUAGCUACCGCGCCGUCUUUGUAAAGUCCCAGUACUGGCGACUACUCACCACCUUCCUCUACUUCGGGCCCUUCUCCCUCGACCUUCUCUUCCACGUCUACUUCCUGCAACGGUACUCGCGAUUACUCGAAGAAUCGGCAGGCCGAUCACCAGCACACUUCUCAUGGCUGUUGCUGUACGCCAUGGUGUUCCUCCUGAUCCUGUCGCCGCUCGUUUCCAUGCCAUUUCUUGGCCAUCCGCUUUCGUCGACGCUGGUUUACAUAUGGUCUCGCCGUAACCCGGAUACCCGGUUAAGCUUCCUUGGGUUACUGGUGUUUAGCGCACCCUACUUGCCAUGGGUACUCAUGGCUUUUAGCUUGACCCUUCAUGGCACAAUUCCCAAGGAUGAGUUGAUGGGCAUGGUCAUUGGCCAUAUCUGGUACUUUUUCACCGACGUGUAUCCUCCUCUUCACGGCGGCUCAAGACCCCUUGACCCGCCCAUGUGGUGGCGUCGUAUCUUUGAGGGCCGGCCACGCGAGGAGACCACGGAUGGUAUCAACAACGAGAUUGCAGUCGCUGGCGCUCCCGAAGUUGCGCCACCCGAGGUCCGCUAAGGUGUAUGAAUUGAGGAAUGGGAAGCCGGUUGUACAAUCCUAGUCAGGACCACGGGCUACAACUGCAUGACAGGUUAGGUCAUGCUAAUUUGCUGAU